AUGCACUUCCCUGUCCCGUCCCUACUGGCAACUGCCACUGGCCUCACUGGCUCAGCAUGGACCUCUGGUGCCAUCGCCAGUCUUUCCCUUGUCGGCAUCCCAGCCGCCCUCUCAGCACCCUCCACCUCCGCCACCGUGUGGGCCUCCAUCUUCAACCACGGCGUCGCCAUCAUGCCAAAGUUUGCCGUCACAACGGCACUGGCCUACCUGUACGCCGCCUAUGAUGCCAGGCAGAACGGCCAGAGCUGGAAAGGAUUCGUUUCUGGAGCUGUCUUGACUGUCGCUAUUGUGCCGUACACGAUUCUGUUUAUGAGCGGCACAAACGAGCUGUUGUAUGGGGCUGCCAAGGGAACGCUGCAGGCUACUAAUGAAGAGGUGGCCAAGUUGAUUGGGAGAUGGGGCGUCUUAAACUUGGGACGGAGUCUACUUCCCCUGGCUGGGACAGUUACAGCAUUCCUGGCCUUGUUUGAGAGUGUGUACUGA